UGUUAGACAAUCACACUGACACGUAUCAGAUAUCAGACACAUCUUCUAUCUGAAGUGUCAGUGCUAUACAUUUAUUCAUAUAUAUUACUAUGAAAUCAAGGCCUAUAAAGCACUAGCUUCAUAAAAUAAACUAUAAUGAUCAGAAAAAUGCUUCAUCUAUGGUUAUUUAGCAUCAAAUUCAUAUACCUUUUCUAUUUUGCUAGAAGCCAAAACAAUAGCAAUUCACAAGCACUACUUGAUUAUAGAUAUGCUUGUUUAGACCAAUCUUCUGUUGCUCCUUCUACAACAUACCAAAGCAACCUCAACAAUUUAAUCUCUUCAUUAUCAUCAGAUUCAGCUACAAGCAAUGGUUUUGGAAAUAGAACUUCAGGUAGUGAUCAAAACAAUAUGGUUUAUGGACUCUAUCUUUGUCGCGGCGAUGUUAACACAAGCCUUUGUCAUUCAUGUGUUCAAAACUCUAGCAGAUUGCUCAAACAGCACUGUCCAAACAAUAACACAGCAAUUUUGUGGUACCCCUUUUGUCUUUUCAGAUACUCUAAUCAAAAUUUCUUUGGUAAUCUUACUAUAAGACCGAGGAUUCCUAUGUUUGAUGCAAAACAGAAUUUUACUAGUGUUGGUGAAUUUGAUAGUGAUGCUAAGGUUUUGAUGAAUGGUUUGAUACAAAUGGGAUCACAGACAGAUUUAAUGUUUGGAACACAUAUGUUUAACAUAAACGGUACUCAAAGAAGGUAUGGUUGGGUUCAAUGUAGUAGAGAUAUUACUAGUGAGGAAUGUAGAACUUGUUUGAGUAAUAUGCUUGAUGAUGUUCAAAAUUGUUGUAUGGAGAAGAAAGUUUGGCGAAUAUUUUCUCCGAGUUGUAUUGUUAUGUAUGAAACUCAACCAUUCUUUUUGAAUGAUUCGCAGUCUAAUGCGCCUGCGCCUCAACAAGCCAAAGAAAAAGAUGGCACAAGCUCAUCAACUAUAAUAAUCAUUGCUGUAAUUGGAACAAUAGUAGCAGCUCUAUUGGCUUUCAGUACAUACUAUUUCUGGUGCUUAAAACAUAGAAAAGAGAAAAAUGCCAUGCAAGUCCUUAGUCCAAUUUUUUAUCAAGAUCAGCCUGACAUUGAGGACACAGGAAAUGCUGACUUACCUAUGAUGCCUCUGAGUAGCAUUCUAAAAUGUACUAGUAAUUUUUCUGAUGCAUAUAAAUUAGGGAAAGGUGGAUUUGGCACUGUCUACAAGGGUGUUUUAGCAGAUGGAAGGGAAAUUGCUGUUAAAAGGCUUUCAAAAACUUCAGCUCAAGGUGUGGAAGAAUUGAAAAAUGAAAUAAUAUUGAUUGCCAAAUUGCAGCAUAGAAACCUUGUGAGACUAUUGGCUUGCUGCAUUGAACAAAAUGAAAAGCUUCUUAUAUAUGAAUAUUUGCCUAAUUCAAGCCUUGAUUUCCACCUAUUUGAUAUGGUGAAGGGUGCACAACUAGAUUGGAAACAAAGAUUAAACAUUAUUAAUGGGAUUGCUAAAGGACUUCUAUAUCUUCAUGAGGACUCUAGGCUCAGAGUUAUUCACAGAGACCUAAAGGCUAGCAAUAUCCUCUUAGAUCAUGAAAUGAAUUCAAAAAUAUCAGAUUUUGGACUGGCAAGAACAUUUGGAGGAGACCAAGAUGAAGCAAAUACAAUUAGAGUUGUAGGAACUUAUGGAUACAUGGCUUCAGAAUAUGCAAUGGAAGGAUUAUUUUCAGUGAAAUCAGAUGUUUUCAGCUUUGGUGUUCUUCUGCUAGAGAUCAUCACUGGAAGAAAAAACAAUAAAUUCUAUCUCUCAGAGCAUGGCAAAAGCCUUCCUAUAUAUGCAUGGAACCUUUGGUGUGAAAGAAAAAGUUUGGAAUUGAUGGAUCCAUUGAUAGAAAAGUCAAUUGUACAUAGUGAAUAUAUAAAGUGUAUACAUAUUGGACUAUUGUGUGUCCAAGAAGAUGCAGCAGAUAGACCUACAAUGUCAAGUGUUGUCCACAUGCUUGCAAGUGACAAAGUGACUCUUCCCAACCCAACACGCCCUGCAUUUUCUGUUGGAAGAGCUGUUGUUGAUCAAGUUUCUUCAUCAAACACUUCUAUCUCUGUCAAUGAAGUAACCUUGUCUGAAGUGAGGCCUAGAUAAACAAUGUGACUUGACAUGUUUUUCAUUUUAGCUUUUGUAGGAUUCAGAAAUUUUGUAGUAUAGUUGCAAAUUACACAAAACAUAGAACAUAAUGAUUUGGAAGAUUGCACAAGUUUUUGGUGUGUAAAAAUGAUUGAAUUUUGAAAAAUAUAUCUUAAGGUAUUUGUUAUGGCUUAUGUUAUUUGAGUCGGUGAUUUUAUAAAGAA